UUUGGAUUCGUGAGCAUAACUGAAGAGAGUGCACGAGGGUUCUAGCGGAUAUCGACUAAUUUUAAGUUUUCGAGCCCAGAAAAUUCCUUGUUUUAACUAAUCUCCCGUUAAACCGAAGCAAGGCAUGGUCAACCACAACAAAGAUGGCGGCAGAAACGUCUCCACGGCAACGGCGACGCAUUUGUCCGCAAGCGCACCAACCUUUUGUUCCGGCCUGCCAUUUUGACGUCACUUCCGGCUCCGGCGGGCGGUGUGCGCGCAGCUCUUCCUGUUGCUGCUGCGGUGGAGAGCCCGGUCCUGGUGAGUGGAGUCUGAGUGAGUCUCGCGGAGGGACUCGGAGAGAAUGGGGCACCAGCAGCAUGGAAAGGGAAGGUGGGAAGAACGCGGCUGUUGUCGCAGUUGUGACUGAGCCUCGGUUUACCCAGCGAUACAGGGAAUAUCUCGAGAAGCAGAAACUCUUGGAUAGACAGCACCGUGUGGCAAAGAUGCCGGAUGGCACCGUGGCGCUACCCGUGCUGGGCGAGGCUCUCCGUGAACAGCACCUGCGGGAGCUGAGGAAUUGUGUGGCCCCAGGCAGCACCUGUAUAGUAACCCAGCUCCUGGAUCCUGUUCCCUCCAAGAAGGCUCAGAGUUGUUCACCUGCCCAAAGGCUGUGUCUUGAAGUGAGUCGCUGGGUAGAGGGCCGGGGAGUGACGUGGUCAGCUGAGUUGGAGGCUGAUUUGCCCCGAUCUUGGCAACGACAUGGUAACCUCUUGUUGCUGAGUGAAGACUGUUUCCAAGCCAAGCAGUGGAAAAAUCUGGAACCAGAACUCUGGGAGACUGUUGCGUCGGCCCUUGGCGUCCGUCGUGUGGCCAAACGAGGGCGGGUAUCACCAGACGGCACUCGAACACCAGCCGUGACUCUGCUGCUGGGCGACCAUGGCUGGGUAGAGCAUGUCGAUAAUGGGAUCCGAUAUAAGUUUGACGUGACCCAGUGCAUGUUCUCCUUCGGAAACAUCACCGAGAAGCUUCGAGUGGCAUCGCUGCCCUGUGCCAGAGAGGUGCUGGUGGAUCUCUACGCAGGGAUUGGCUAUUUUACGUUGCCCUUCCUGGUCCAUGCUGGUGCUGCCUUCGUCCACGCCUGUGCACGGGAAACCAUGGAAGACACAAAUCCUGCACAUCCAACCAGUGAAAUCCUACGCUCCCCAUGUGGACCACAUAGUCUUGGAUCUGGAAUGCCGCCCCUGCCCUCUAGUUGGCUAGAGAAGGUGGAUCCUGAGACCCAAGGAUCUACAUGUAUAUUUGUAUCCAGUAUUGUUCUGAUCUUGUCACAACGAUCACUUUUCAAGUUUUACAUGUACAGUUCGGCCUUUCUAUUAGCUGCAACUUCAGUGUUGGUAAAUUAUUAUGCUGCUUUGCACAUUGACUUCUAUGGUGCCUACAACACAUCAGCUUUCGGAAUUGAGCUGCUUCCUCGCAAAGGGCCCUCACUAUGGAUGGCACUCAUCGUUCUCCAGCUGACCUUGGGCAUUGGAUAUAUUACACUACUGCAGAUCCAUUCCAUCUAUUCACAAUUAAUUAUUUUGGAUCUCUUAGUUCCUGUAAUAGGCCUGAUCACAGAGCUGCCAUUACACAUCCGAGAGACUUUAGUUUUUACUUCUUCCUUGAUUCUCACGUUAAACACAGUGCUUGUCUUGGUAGUGAAACUUAAGUGGUUUUAUUAUUCUACACGAUAUGUUUAUCUUUUAGUGAGGCACAUGUAUCGAAUUUAUGGAUUACAGUUAUUAAUGGAGGACACAUGGAAGAGGAUUCGUUUUCCAGAUAUACUGAGAGUCUUCUGGCUAACAAGAAUUACAGCUCAGGCUACGGUGUUGAUGUACAUCUUAAGGAUGGCAAAUGAAACUGAUUCCUUCUUUAUUUCUUGGGAUGAUUUCUGGGACCUCAUUUGCAAUCUUAUAAUUAGUGGAUGUGAUUCUACACUAACUGUACUGGGCAUGAGUGCUGUAAUUUCCUCAAUAGCCCAUUAUUUGGGCCUUGGAAUAUUGGCUUUUAUUGGAUCCACUGAAGAGGAUGACAGGCGACUUGGCUUCGUAGCACCUGUUUUAUUUUUUAUUUUGGCUCUUCAGACUGGUUUAAGUGGGCUAAGACCAGAAGAGAGACUUAUUCGCUUAAGUAGAAACAUGUGCCUUUUAUUAACUGCAGUCCUGCAUUUCAUCCAUGGGAUGACAGACCCUGUAUUAAUGUCUCUCAGUGCCUCUCAUGUGUCAUCUUUUCGUAGACAUUUUCCUGUGCUCUUUGUCUCAGCUUGCCUGUUUAUUCUUCCCGUUUUACUCAGUUACGUGCUUUGGCAUCACUAUGCGCUAAAUACGUGGUUGUUUGCAGUAACAGCCUUUUGUGUGGAACUCUGCUUAAAAGUAAUUGUUUCUCUCACUGUUUAUACAUUAUUCAUGAUUGACGGCUACUAUAAUGUCCUUUGGGAAAAGCUUGAUGAUUAUGUCUACUAUGUUCGUUCAACAGGCAAUAUUAUUGAAUUUAUAUUUGGAGUAGUGAUGUUUGGAAAUGGGGCUUACACUAUGAUGUUUGAGUCAGGAAGUAAAAUUCGGGCUUGUAUGAUGUGUCUACAUGCAUAUUUUAACAUCUACUUACAAGCAAAAAAUGGCUGGAAGACAUUCAUGAAUCGUAGGACUGCUGUUAAGAAAAUUAAUUCACUUCCUGAAAUAAAAGGGAGCCGCUUACAAGAGAUAGAUGAUGUAUGUGCAAUCUGCUAUCAUGAGUUUACGACCUCUGCUCGCAUCACGCCAUGUAAUCAUUAUUUCCAUGCACUUUGCCUUCGGAAAUGGCUGUACAUUCAAGAUACUUGUCCAAUGUGCCAUCAAAAAGUGUACAUCGAAGAUGACAUUAAGGAUAACUCAAAUGUAUCUAACAACAAUGGAUUUAUUGCACCGAAUGAAAAUCCAGAGGAAGCUAUAAGGGAAGCUGCUGCUGAAUCUGACAGGGAAUUGAACGAAGAGGACAGUACAGAUUGUGAUGAUGAUGUUCAAAGAGAAAGAAAUGGAGUGAUUCAGCAACACACAGGCCCUGCGGCUGACGAGUUUAUUAAUGAUGAUACUGAUUAAAAUAGCAUUUGCUAAUCAUUGAGGUAUUUGUUUAAAAUUCAGUUCAUCCAAAAUGGAGUAAUAUGCUUCACUUCAGUGUGUAACCAAGCACAAAAACAGUAUCCAUGUUGAAUCUGUGAAUGGUUUUCCGUUUACUGUGAUGUGCUACUGUAAAUAUACCUCUUUAAUUACUUCUGGUCUCUUUGGUGACCUAUUUAAAUUUGUGUACAUUGUUGUACAUAGAAUAAAAUGUUUUCACGUUUUUAUGACAAAAUUUGAACAACUAGCUUUUUAAUAGAUGUAAUGAUAAUACAGUGCAUCAACUGUGCCAAAGAUUCCUCAAUGAAAGCAUAUGAAAGUA